AUGGCGCGACUCUCGUCUUCUACGGCCUCGUCGCCGCUGGAAUCUUCCUCCUUCAAGACGCUCGUUGCUGCUGCAUUCAUCCUCACAUCGCUCCCCAUGGCUCUCGGUCACGAACACGGCGUCAGCCACAUCCAAGAGGGCGAGACCGUCUCGCAAGAACCCAUCGACACCGUACUAUGGAUUCACAUCUUCAUCAUGAUGCUGGCCUUUGGGGUCAUCUUCCCCGUCGGCAUGGUGCUGGGAAUGACCAAGAACCGCUGGCAUGUUCCGACUCAGGUCCUAGGCUCCGCUCUCGCCAUUGUUGGAUACUUCCUCGGCCACAUGCACGGCGGGAGACAAUUCGUCGCCCAUAACGUCCACGCCUCCUUCGCCAACCUGCUCAUGAUCAUCAUGGCCUGUCAGGUCGGGUUGGGAAUCUACCUCAAGCUGCAUCUGGAGAAGGGUAUUAAUGGCCGCAUCCGCCGCUUCAUCAAGCCUGCCCACGGCAUUUUGGGCAAGGCCUCCCCGGUCUUGGCUUGGACACAAUUCUUGUUUGGCGGCAUCACAUCAUUGGGUUUCUGCCAGGGCGACCAUCUCGGCCAGUGUCUGGCGCAUUUCAUCAUGGGCAGCGCCUUUAUCGCUUACGGAAUCAUUUUGACCCUUCUGCUACUCGUUGGACAACUGUGGGUCCGACGCAGCGGCCGAUCCCAGGAAUUCUUUGACAGCAUCGUCAUCGCGGCAUGGGGCUGUGUCAACACCUUUACGGAGCAUCGAUGGGGAACGGAAUGGGUCAGGAACGACUGGCAGCACACGACCAUGGGAAUCAUCUGGUGGUGUGCUGGUCUUGCUGGUGUUUGGCUCAGCCGCGACCGCGAUGGAAACCCCAAGCGAAACUUCAUCCCCGGCUUCGUCAUCGGCGUCACUGGAUGGGCUAUGUCUGCGCAUCCCCAGGAUCUUCCGAUCAGUGCCAUGACCCACAACAUGUUUGGCAAGACGUUGAUGGGCGUUGGUAUCACUCGUGUUAUCGAGGUUGCAUUUGUGGUCAAGGACGGUAUUGGUAUCUCCGCAGAUGGACGCCAGACCAACAGUUGGCAGUUUAUCCCUGUCUUCCUUUUGUACGCUUCUGGCUUUCUCUUCAUGGGUGCCACUGAAGAGCAGAUGCAACUUGUCGCCAACUCCGGCCUCGACCACGUGUCUUACAUUCUUAUUCUCUACUCUUUCGCAUUCUUGCUCUUCCUCUUCACCAUGAUGCUCAUCCACCUCUUCGACCGCAACAGCAACACCGAAGGCAAGGUCAACCUGACGAACGGCGUACCCGCAGCCAACGGUCGCCCCGGCGAAUCCCGUCAAGUGCGCGAUGCCGAGGAAUUCGAGCUCGAGGGCCUCAUGAGCGAUGACGAAGACGAUGAGGCCCGUAAGGUUCUGAAGGACGAAGCGGACGACAUUGGAAGCCCCAGCAGUCCUAGCACCAUCGGCAAAAAUAGUGACCGAGUGGCGCGGUGA